CCCAGUCCUGUCCACCAACCCCAGGGAUUUGCUGGGCUGGAUGGAAGAGGCUGUGUGAGACUCAUGCAGAUGAAUCACCCACACAAACCUGAAUCCCCACCUCGCACAGGGAUUGAAAUUUAAAACAGACAAGAGAUUAUUCCCAGCCUGGUUUGGGAGCCCUGCUGACACACGGAGCCCUCAGAGUGGCAGGAGGGAGGAGAAGAGCCCGAUCCAGGUGGGCUCCAAGCUGGCAGCUCCCAGCAGUCCGGGUGCCUCCGAGGAGCUCUCCUGCUCCUCAGGCAGCGUGGGCUGAGGCUUUGCCACUCCACACACCUACUUCCUGCAAUCCUGGCAAUUACCAAUCGUGUAAAACCCAGUUCCUGACGUGGCUGACUCAGCAAGGGCUUGGCUCAAAACAAACACAUCCGAGCAGGAGCUGCAGCCCGGGAAGAGGCGACGGGCGGCACACGAAGAGACGGCGGUGGCAGCGGCUUCGGGGAUUUUUACCAUUCUGGGUCCAACCUGGCUGAAUUCCCGAACUCCCGGCUCAGCUGUCCCCAGACUCGCUCCUUCAUCCUGGUGAGAGUGGCAGGCACAGUUCUCCGAGCGCUCCAGCAGCCUCUCCUCUGCGCCCUCGGACUCGGGGCUGCUCCGACACGGCGUAAGUCUCCUCUGCAUUCAGCUCUCCCGACAUUUGCCUUUCACGGUGUCGCCUUUUACAUCCCCCUUCGCCUGUAUUUCCUUGGCUCCUCCAGUGGGACUGAGUCACCGUCUCCUUCCCAACCACCCACUGGAUUUUCCGGCGGUGCCCCUCCGCAGAAGGUGGCUGGUUACCAUGGCACCCGGGUGCCCUUCUGUUCUAGAUGCCAGAUUAGAUCUGUUCUCAUGGUGACUGUGCCUUGCUGUUCCUCACCAGCACACGUUUAACGAGCUCAGACACCGUGUUCCUUCUCCACUCAAGGAGGAGACUACUUAAGAUCCAAGACAAGCCAACUGCUCCUUACCACAGCGUGGAGUCUGCAUUUCCUGCACUACCAGCCUCUCUGUUUUCCUUCCAGCUACGGGAACGGGGCAGGAAGAGGCUGUUCCUGCUGCGUGGCUCGCUGCUGAUCCCGUGGCUUAAGUCCAGCACCUGCCUGUGAGGAGUCAGCAGGUCCCUUCUCCUCCCUGCCUUCCCUCAGCAUGGAUACCUGGCGCAGAGGGUCCAUCAAGUCCACCACGUUCUUCAGACGUUUCUCCCUCAGGAGGCACAAAAAGCUGGGCAACCAAGUCAUCAUCCUGAACCAGAACAGCCACACUCUGGACACUGACGGCCAGAAGAGGGAAGGCUUGAGGGAUCUGAAGGACAAGUCUGAUUACCUGUCGUGCCAGAGCGAGCAGAACCUGGCCAAGGCACAAGCCCCUCCCAAGCCUCCCCGGCUGUACCUGGACAGUUCCAGCUGCCCCAACAUCAUCGACCACACCGACUCCCACUCCGACAUCUCCUUUUCCGACGCUGCUCAGUACCACAAAGGCACUCAAACACACAAGGACCAGGCUACAGACCACGGGACCUCAGAGGCAGGUUCCCAGAACGGCACCACUCUUCCCGACCUGGCUGACCCCUUCCUGUCCUUCAAAGUGGAUUUGGGGCUAUCGCUCCUCGAGGACGUCUUGCAGACCCUCAGGAAACAGAACCCAAGAGAUUAUGCCAUCUGAAGGUAUUUAUCAUUCACCACAUCCCAUUUACCCGAUGCUGCUGCCGGUCCCUCUGAUCCCAGCGGGAGGAAGGAUGCUGGAGCAUGCCUGUCGUGUGUGGCCUGUUUUGUUGUCCUCGCCUCACCCACCACAGACCAUCCCUGUCCUUGCCAAGGAAUCCUCUGGAGCAGAGCUCAGGUGAGAGCACUGUUUCCACUCUUCACCCUGGGAAUCUCCCACUCCGGACUGCGCGUCUCCUCCUCAGGGAAGAACAGCAUCGUUUGGGAAAGACUUGUUAUUCUGGGGAUGUGGCUGUGACACUGCGGGGCAGGGACACACAGGGACUUGGCAUGGAUCCCUUGUGGGACAGCAGGCAGCCUGCAAGGAGACAGCAGCACUGCACCUCAAAGCCACAGGUGUGGCAAGGGCCGAGAGACGGGAACUGGGGGUUCUUCUCCCACCGUGUCUGGAUGUGAAAAAUCAAAGCUGUUCCUCCUUUUUUUUUUUUCUUUUUCUUCCUCCUUGUGGGUUUCUUUUCCCCCAGCUCCAGUGCAGCUGGCACUCCCAGCCUGGAAACAGGUAAGCAUCCACUCGUGCUCGUGACAGAGCACCAGCAGUGGGUUUAUCCUCCUGGUAGGGGAGAGGAGAUGUCUCCACACGCUGCUGCCUCACGCAUGCACUGAGCUCCCAGCUGUACAGACAUGGAAGAAUAAAUGUAUUUGUGACUGGAA